AUGACAUCCAACACCCUGGUCUCCCACCUGGACUACCACGAUCCGGACAGUUUUGAAGCUGAUCGUAUUGCCCAGGAAAGGAGAGAAGAGAGGUCACGCUCAGUCGCAAAAACUGGGGCUGUGGCAAAGGGGCCAGUUGAGCCAAGGUAUCCUCCAAGGGCUGUACCAGCUGCUUCUGUGGCUGGUGGAGAGUCAAGGAGGGGUGUGCCGCAGAGGCAGGUCACUGUGACCCAGUCCUCGGUGGUGGUGCCUGCUCGGCCGAUUCCGCCGCCUCCAGCUCCGAGUGGUGCAGCUGAGGGCCAGUGGCAGCUGUCUUGGGUGUGGGUUCCGAAUUCGGAAGAUCCUGGGGCUGCUUCGUCGGUGGAUAGGUCGGCGGCUCCGACUGCUCCACCAAAGGCACCUUCAAGGAGGAGAUCAAGGUCGCCAUUGAGGAGGAAGAGUCCAAAGGGUGUUCCUGCAAAGCCUAGCAAGGCAGGUACAUCUGUGGCCGAGGCAGAAACUCCAGUUGCCAAGGCCGACACUCGGGUGGCUGAGGCUCCAAAGGAGAGCGCUAGGUCGCCAAAGGUGACAGGGGCAAAGGCUGUGUCUGGCACAGCUGAGGAGGUGAUAGAAGUUGAGGAGGAGCCUGCGAGGAGCUCUUCACCCCUUCCGACAAGGAAGAAGAAGGCUAGAGGAGGAGCUCCAGAGGAAGGGUUUGACUUCUGCGUGGUGUCCUUCUCCAGCAACGUGGGUACUCAGAGGCAGACGCUUGACGGUGCUACGAACCUUCAGGCCCAGCUAGAGCGCAACUUCACGCAGAUCUCCAUUGUGCCUCGGAAGAAGACCUCGGACUACGCCAGGAAAGCGAGCAUCACAGGCAAUUGGGAGUCCAAGGCAGAGCUUGUCCGGGAUCUUGGGUGUGCUAUCUACAUCGACGACCAGGAGGAGUUGUGCCAGGACAUCAGAUCCUUGCAGUCAAGUCGUGCUGUGGGGAACAGGGUCCAGACUGUGGUUGCAAGCAGUCGUUCUCCGACGGACUCGCUGAAGCCCCUUGCCAAUUUGGUGAAGGACAAGGAGGUCAGUGAGUUCCCAGUGCCAUCGGUGCUCAAGUCCUUCAAUUGA